GAGCCGGUGGGCGAGCACGCCCGCGGGAAGCCCAGGCCGCCCGGAGGCCGGGACCGACGCUGCGGGGCGGGACGGAGGGCGACUCCCGGAGACUCCCGCAGACUCCCGGCGACUCUGGGGCCGUUCUCCCAGCUCCCGGCUGCCGAGGAGAGCGCGCUGAUCUGGCCCAAAAGUCAUCUUUGAAGAAAAGUGCAUGUUUGAAGGAUGGCUGAAGCAGUCUUGGUUGAUCUCUUUGGUUUAAAAUUGGACUCACAGAAAAUCUGCCAUCAAACAUUAUUGAAGACCUUGAACAGCAUUCACUGCCGUCAUGCCCCCAAGGCGAAGUUCCUUUGCAUAAUGAGUUGCAGUAAUGUCACCCAAGAAAGGGAUAGGGAACACGAUCUUUGUGACCUGGAAGCGGGAAAUGGAUUCCCACUUGUCAUGAGAGACUUUGAGACUGUUAGCAAUCCCAGUGUGGCUGCCUCUUUGUAUGCAAUUAAACAAAAAAUUGAUGAAAAAAAUCUGAGCCACAUUAAGGUUGUUGUCCCAGAGCACAGGAAAAUGUUCAUGAAGGCGUUUAUUGGUCAGCUCUUCACUGCCGUCUAUGAUUUUGAGUUUGAAGAUUUACAGGUAGCUUGGAGGGAGAGCCUGUUAAAACCUGUCACUGAAGUAAAUGCACCCACAAUUCAUCAACCGGAAGAAAUCCAGAGUGAAAUAGAAACUUACUUGAGAGGCCUGCCAGCUCUGAAAGGGGAAUUAAGUAUUAUCACAUCUCCUUUGAUCCCAGAUCUCUUCAUACACGGAUUUACUACAAGAACAGGUGGCAUAUCUUACAUACCAACUCUUAGCUCACUCAAUCUUUUCAGUAGUUCCAAACGGAGAGAUCCCAAAGUAGUUGUCCAAGAAAAUCUUCGCAGGUUGGCGAAUGCUGCAGGAUUUAAUGCAGAGAAAUUUUACCGAAUAAAGACUGAUCACGCCAAUGACGUGUGGACAAUGGGGAGGAAGGAGCCUGAAUCUUACGAUGGAAUAGUCACAAACCAGAGAGGAGUCACCAUCACAGCUCUUGGUGCUGACUGUAUACCUAUAGUCUUUGCAGAUCCUGUGAAGAAAGCUUGUGGGGUUGCUCACUCUGGCUGGAAAGGUACUUUGUUGGGUGUAGCUAUGGCUACUGUGAAUGCCAUGAUAGCAGAAUAUGGCUGUAAUUUGAAAGACAUUAUUGUUGUUCUGGGACCUUCCGUGGGACCUUGCUGUUUUACUCUCCCCAGAGAAUCGGCAACCUCGUUUCAUAAUCUUCAUCCUUCAUGUGUACGGCAGUUGGACUCACUGAAUCCCUAUGUUGACAUCCGGAAAGCAACCAGGAUUCUUCUAGAACAAGGAGGAAUUAUUCCACAGAAUAUUCAAGACCAGAAGGGAGAUCUUGACCUCUGCACAUCCUGCCAUCCUGAUAAGUUUUUCUCCCAUGUUCGAGAUGGCCUUAACUUCGGUACACAGAUUGGCUUCAUAUGCAUUAGAGAAUGAGGUUCAUGACUGGAAUUUUGCAUCGCUGUUUUGAGCAUCCUUCUACACUGCUUGCAAAAGAAAAUUUUAGCUUUUUGAUUUAUAUAAAACCAAAAUUACAAAAGGUAUACUUUCACUAUUACCCACAGCCAGAUGAUCUUGGUUUAAUUCUUAUGGCAACUGACCAAAGAAUCAAUGUGAUGCUAUUCCCCAAGUUCCAAGUUCUCUGUAUUUGUCUGUAAAUCAAGACCAGAUCUAUCCAGUUCGUUUUUUUUUUUUUUUUUUUUGCAUGAGGCUUAUAGCACAGUGAAUCAAAAUAAAGUCAAUUUUACCAUUUGA